GUCGGAUAUUGGAGGCAAAUUUAAUGUGUAUAUGUGGCGGCUUUUGAUUUGCAAUGUUGAUGAGUUAACUUACUGUUAAUAUGUCAGCGAGUUUGCAACAGUGGAUACACCGUGAUUCACAACUAGCUCCUGAUGCUGGAGUUACAUAUGAACUGCGUUACGUAGGUGCUAUGCCAGUACUAACAUCUAUCAAGUCUGUUGACUUAAGUACCAGGACUCAAAUUUGUCGCGCAUCUAUACGUCGUGUAUGUGAAGAUGUUGGUUUAAAGUUAACAAAUAAUCAACCUGUUGGUAAGUCGACGAAACAAUUUAUCGGACCAUCAUCUGAUAUAAAAUGGGCUAUGACAAAUGUGUACCUUACAAUCACAUCACAAACUCUUACUGUUGAAACACUUGAUACUGGCAUGCUGUUGUUCCAGCACAACCUCUUCCUAGUUUCUUUUGCUUCUGCUGGAGAUGGAGAAACUUUGGAUUUCAUUUGUUAUGUAGCUAAAACAGAUCAAGAUACUCGUAUGUGCUAUGUUUUUGAAUGUCCGGGUGGCCUUGCUCAGGAUGUAAUAAUUACAAUUGGACAAGCAUUCCAAUUAGGAUAUCAGAAAUCUGUUACUACAUCUUUGUCAAGAAAAGCUGGAGCACUAAUGCGAGAUAAUUAUCUGCCUAAUAAUAAUAAUCGUGAACUCAUUCAAUCGGUUGCUUUUGAUAACUUCAUGGAUUUUGAAGAUAGUGCAUGGCUUCUUGAAAAUGAAAUGUUGACUAGUAAUCAAGCAGAUAACAUGGAUUACUGUAAAUCAUCUUGUGACGCUGCCACAACUUCUGCCCAACUGAAAGUCACAGAAAGUACCCAGCAGCAGCUACCAAAACCCCUCUGUACUACAGAUGAAGUGAACAACAGAAAGUCUGAUGCAAAAACAGCAGUUGGGUUAUCGAAUUUCGAUCACUUGGAGCCAGUUGGAGAACCUUGGUAUGUCGGUAAGAUGUCCAGAUCACAGGCUGAAAAUUUAUUGCGUUACGACGGAGACUUCCUUGUGCGUGCGAGCAUUCAGCAACCCGGUCAAUUUGUCCUCAGUGGUCUUCAAGAUGGGAAGUACAGACAUUUAUUACUGGCUGACCCAAAUGGAAAGGUGCGUACGAAGGAACGUGUCUUCGACAGUAUACAGCAUCUUAUUGACUAUCAUGUACAAAACGGUGCUCCUAUUCGUUCUUUGGACAGUGAAAUAAAAUUGAUAUUUCCUGUAUCUACGCAUACAUUUUGCAUUACUUGAUUACAUCGGUGAUUUAAAAUGUCUUACAUAAUUCCUGAAAAAUUUGCGUACAUACACAACAUAACUUUAGUCCCAACUGUGAUCCAUGGAUAUUAUGUAACUGUUUAUCCCAAUAGUGAUUGAUAGAUAACUCUGUUCUAAUUAUUUUUAGUUUCGUGACAUUCCAAAACUUAUGUACAUUUAUUCAUUUUUCUUUCUUUUGUACUUCACCUAUACCACAUAAUGUUGGGCUGUGAUUCUCAUCACUGAACUUAUUUUACUUUUUGUGAUUCUCAUUGUGAUUGUGAUUCUCAUCACUGAACUUAUUUUACUUUUUGACUAGCGUUUGUUUAUUUUUUCCAAAUAAAUGACGAAGCUUUCCUUAGUGAGCUUCUUUUUCAUAAAUUUGGUAUUUUUAUAUGAUAUCGAAAACAGAACUAUCAUUAGUUGGCUUUCGUAUACAGGUACUAUCUGAAACAGCUGGCUUAGAAGAACGACUUCACAAUAAACAGGCAAAAGAAGAGCUCUCUAAAUAACUGGUCAAAUAGUUCAGAAUGAAUCCUAGUUGGUCAGAUGUAUCCAUACACUGUCUUCAUCUCAGUUGCCAUACCAAAUUGUGUUGUUGCUUUACCCCUCCUUCCCAUCUAAUUGUGACUGUCUAAUAUUUUUGAUUACUUCCUCACUUCUCUACCUCUCAUUUUGGUGCAUUUUAAUUUAACAUGCUAAUGUUAAUAGUGGCAAAUUGAAUCGUUACCCCCUUAAUACGGUUUCCCUUGUUGAUGUCAACUAACUAACUUGCCAGUUUCAUUUGUCUAGUUAGAGUAUUCACUCAUGAAUAUGACCUACAUGUAAGUAUUUAUAA